AUGGUACAAGAUGAUACUGUUGUGUUUGCAGAUGCUAGCGUGCAUAAGGAAAAGAAGACGACAAGCAUUGGUGUGGUGGCUUUGGAUAGCUAUGCUAUUGCAAUUCGUAUGACACUGGAAAAUGCUAGAGAUAGGGGCUGGACAAAGGUGCAAAUCUUAUCAGAUGCGAAAAAUGUGGUGGAUAUGAGGAAGAGGGCGAGGACAAGGCCGGAAAAAUCAGUAUUGACAGUUGGUAGCUCAGUUGGAGCUCGGGUGGAAGCAAUUGAGUUGAAUCAACAGGAACAAGCUCAAACUGAGGAAGGUAGUUAUGAAGAUGGACUUUCUGUGAGUACUAAAGUUUCUAGAAAUUUGAGCUUAAACUACUCACUGGAGAAGGAAGAGGUACAUGAUAACUCAGAUCUAGAACAUUCUGAGGGUGAGAAUAAGGUGGAUGGCAAUGGAACAGUAACUGAAGAUAACAACAGUAAGGGAGGUUUAGAAGGGGAGAAGAGUAAGGAUUAUAAGGAACCUUGGGUCAAUAUGUUUAAAAAUAAUCGUGCAGCUAACAAUGGAAUGAACUUGACUUACUUUCCUCCACAAAUAGUGAAUGGGCAAACUAUGGUGCAGCUGGAAGGAAAAGAAGUACAGAUUGAAGAGGAAAAGUGGAAAUGUGCACUCAUAGCCUAUGUAAUUGGUGAAUGUCCUGGAUACAAUAUUAUGAAUAAGUACAUACUGAUGAACUGGUCGAAAAUGGACAAACCUGAGGUAUUUCUUCAUGAGGAAGGAUACUACAUUAUCAAGUUUAAGAGCUUGAAUGACAUGAAUGAAGUACUAUAUUCAGGGCCAUAUACUAUAAGUAAUAGGGCUAUUAUAUUGAAGCAAUGGAGUCCUGAUUUUGACUUUGGGAAUGAGUUCUUAACUGAAAUACCCCUAUGGGUUAACUUUCCAAAGUUGCCUCUAAAUUGUUGGGGAGCUGGAUCACUGAGUCGAAUUGCUAGUGCUAUAGGAGUGCCAUUAUUUGCUGAGGAGUGUACUACAAAACAGACAAGAAUAUCCUAUGCUAGAAUGCUUAUUGAAGUAAAUGUUACUAAGCCCAUUCCUCAGAAGGUAACAGUAAUGGAUCCAAAUGGUAAAUCAUUUAUGCAGAAUGUUGUGAUGGAGUGGAAGCCUCUAUAUUGUGAUAAAUGUCAGAAGAUUGGACAUCAAUGUCAAGCAGCAACAAUGGAGGAUCAACCAAAGAAGAGAAGGCCGUGGAAAAAAGUUACACAGACAUGGCAAUAUAAAGGACCUAUUCAACAGCAGGAGAAGAUAGUGGAACAAAGAAAGGUGCUAGAGACUAUAGAAGAUGAUUCUUCUUCUGUACAGGAGGAGAAACAAGGGAUUGAACAAAGAAGAGAUCAGGAAAUCAAGCAAACACCAGAAAUUAGUUUAAGGCCUAAUACUGGCAGGCAGCUGGAGUUUAGUCUGUCUAAUUUUCCAAUGUUAUCAGCUAUACCUAUGAGAAAUGGAUUUGAGAGCCUCAUGAAUAGCAAGCUGGCUUCACUGCCUGUGGAUAGAGGGUUAAUUGAAACUAGAGUGAAAGAGGUAAAUGCUAAUACAAGAAUUAAGGGUAUAGCUCCAGGAUGGAAAAGUUUGAACAAUUACAAGGAUGCUGUUAAUGGGAGAAUUUGGAUUUUAUGGGAUGACAGUCGGUAUGAUGUUAAGAUAAUAACUAGUUCAGCUCAGAUGCUACAUUGUCAUAUAAAGGAAAGAAGUAAAUGGUAUCAGUUUAAUCUCACAGUAGUAUAUGGUUUUAAUACUAUAGAGCAGAGGAAGAGCUUAUGGACUGAUCUUAACAUGAUGGUUCAAAAUGUUACACAACCAUGGCUCAUAAUUGGAGACUUUAAUGCUAUUCUGUCCCCCAAGGAUAGACUAGCUGGAGCUCCUGUUAAUGUGAAUGAGAUAAAGGAUUUUGCAGACUGUGUUAAGAUUGGUAAUGCUAGAAUCUCAAGUAGGAUUGAUAGAGCCUUUGGGAAUGAUGCAUGGAUGGAUAAAUGGGGACAUGUUAUCUUAGAAUAUGGUAAUCCAGGAGUUUCAGAUCAUAGCUCAAUGCAACUGGUACUUCAUCAAAGCAAUCAACAGGUAAGAGAAAGUUUUAAGUUAUUUAAUGUAUGGAUUGAACAUGAAUCUUUCUUAGAACUGGUGGAAAAAGUGUGGAAGCAGGAGAAAGGCAGGGAUGCAAUGAAAAUGGUGUGGUACAAGUUGAAGGCUCUUCAGCCUGUCCUGAAGCAGCUGAAUAGGAGAGAGUUCAAAUACAUAAGCAAACAGAUUGAGGAAGCUAGCAAUGAGCUUGCAGAUAUUCAAAAUCAGCUUUGUAAUCAAGCAAAGGAUGAAUUAGUUGCUAAAGAAAAAGAACUCUUAACAAAACUUGAAAAGUGA